UUUCUUUGAUGCAACCGUGCAUGUUUUACUCGACUGUCGUCAGCAAUUUUGUUUUUCUCUACUUCCGAAACGAAAUCGACAAAUCGAGCCAUCAAAAACGAAAAAUUGACGAUGCCGUCAAAAUAAGUCCGUGUUCAAGAAAUAAUAAAGAAUUGUGAAAAAAUUAUUUACGCAAUUUGGAUGAAGGCUGUAAUAAAAUUAUAAAACCUUUGUGUAUAUUUUUAAUUGAAUCGAAAAUUGUGUAUAAUUUACGUGACAAAGAAGUGCAGAAGCAGAAAAAAAACAGUGAAAGAAAAACGAAAAGAGAAUCGAAUAAAUAGUACAUACACACAUACAUAACUGCUAAUUGAAUAGUAAAUUAUUCGACAGUGUAUGACAAAAGAAAAAAAAAUCCGAAUAUUAACGAAAUAAUUACAGCAAAGAAAUACCAACGACUGUAAGCAGGAGAGGAACAUAAAGGCAACGAAUCAUUUCCACAUUUAAGCUGAAGUCUAAACCAUCCAUCCAAGGCCAAACGACUGAUCCACAUUUUCAGAGUUGAUGACGGCAACUUACGUUUGUUGAGAAAUGAUUCCUAAAACCCACUAAAUAAGGCCAUUCUUCAAACUAAAUUUCUAUAAGAUUAAAACUCGUUGACGCUAACUAACAGCUAAAAGUUUUUCAUAUCGAUUUUUAAUGCAUAAGCGCGCAUUAAAUUUAUUUGUUUCAAGAGAAACUAAGCAACAACAAUAUUAAAGUGAACUAUAAUUAUAGAGAUUCAUAGUAUUGAUUUGAGGCCCUAACACGAUAAGCAGCGUAUACGGACGUGUAUGCCCGCAGUAAGCAGUAGAAAAAAACACCUUUCGUAAAUUCAACUCACCACAACACUUGAGGUGUGUUGGUGAAGGGAGGAAAGGAAAUCUUGAACACGACGAACAAAUUUGCUAUUGUAAGUCUGCGCGCCUAAAUGUAUGCAAACAAAAUAUAACAAAAAUUAAAAGUCACACGCACAAACACAGAAACAUCGGUCGCUAAUAUUCGUAGAAAUACAUAUGUGGUAAUCCUAGUUGUUAUUGUUGAUGGUGGUGGUGGUGUUGCUUAUCUACAUACAUAAAAACUUGUUAGUGAAUAUUUAUUGAACCGAUCAAAAAAGAAUAUAAAAAGAAAGCCGCAAGAAGAACAAGAAUUUCUCAUACACGCUACUGCUGCUGCUACUGGAGUCUAGAGUGCCUCUAAGGAAUCAACCGGCGUUUACAGACUCACACACGCAAUGGGCGCCAAUGUAUCGCAACUGGAGCGUGAAAUCGGCUCAGAUCUCUUUCCGCCCAAUGAGCACUACUUUGGUUUGGUAAAUUUCGGUAAUACGUGCUAUAGCAAUUCAGUAUUGCAGGCGCUUUACUUUUGCAAACCUUUCCGAGAGAAAGUGCUGGAAUAUAAGGCAAAGAAUAAGCGUCCCAAAGAGACGCUGCUAUCCUGCUUAGCCGAUCUCUUUUAUAAUAUUGCCACACAAAAGAAAAAAGUCGGUUCGAUUGCGCCUAAAAAGUUUAUUGCACGGUUGCGUAAGGAGAAGGAAGAAUUUGACAAUUACAUGCAACAGGAUGCACAUGAGUUUCUCAAUUUUCUCAUCAACCAUAUCAAUGAGAUCAUAUUGGCCGAACGUCACGCCAGCAAAAAUGGUAACAAUUUGAACGGUGGUAACGCCAGCGCCGGUAGCAUCGGCGGCGUUGGUGUCGGCGGCACCUCCACUGCCAGCAAAUCCUCUUCGUCCACCAGCACAUCGACAACUGCCUCAAAUUCAACGUCCAACGGCGCCUGUACCAAUUCGUCGGGUUCACUGAACGGUGUUGGUGUCGGCAUUGGUAUUAGCGAUAACGCCUCAACACCAACACAGUCGAAUGCCGCUAAUACGGAACCCACUUGGGUGCAUGAAAUCUUUCAAGGUAUACUCACAUCAGAGACACGUUGCCUAAACUGCGAGACUGUCAGUAGCAAAGAUGAGAAUUUCUUCGAUCUACAGGUGGAUGUGGACCAGAAUACCUCGAUUACACAUUGUCUACGUUGCUUCAGUAACACCGAAACACUAUGCUCGGAUAAUAAAUUUAAAUGUGACAAUUGCUGUAGUUAUCAGGAGGCACAGAAACGUAUGCGAGUCAAAAAAUUGCCUAUGAUAUUGGCGCUUCAUUUGAAACGUUUCAAAUAUAUGGAACAAUUCAAUCGUCACAUCAAGGUAUCACAUCGUGUUGUAUUCCCACUGGAAUUACGGCUUUUCAACACCUCUGACGAUGCGGUCAAUCCGGAUCGUCUAUACGACUUGACCGCUGUGGUUAUACACUGCGGAUCGGGUCCGAAUCGUGGUCACUACAUAAGUAUUGUUAAAAGUCAUGGCCUUUGGCUGUUGUUCGACGACGAUAUGGUGGAUAAAAUUGAGGCUUCAACCAUUGAAGACUUCUAUGGGCUCACAUCGGAUAUACAAAAGUCAUCGGAGACAGGUUAUAUACUGUUCUACCAGUCGCGGGAUUGCGCAUCGUCGUAGAGCAUUAAGUAGAAAAAUGCGGCAAAAGUUGAGGCUUAAGUGAUGCGACAAAGAACACUAAUAGCGCUAGAAAAAUUAAUGGACUAAAAUAUUUAAUAAAAAAUAUAUAUUUAAAAAAAAAAAAUAUUGUUUCUUGGCAGUCAUUAGUUUAACUAGUUUAUAAUAAUACAUAAUUAAAAUUAUUUGCAAAAUGUUAUAGAGUCAUGUGUAGGUAUAUGUAUAUAGGUAUA